GAAGAGGCCUAAUAGAUGCAUCAAACAUCGGCGGAGCAACAUGUGUCAACUUUCUUUGGAGUUCGAAGAUGUGCUAUGUCAUGUACAACAGAGUGGGAUUAUAGAUGGUGGGGAUGCAUAUACAUAACUGGAAUGCUGCGAGCAACAGGUCCACCAUCAUCGAUAUCACGUGUUCGUGAUAGUUGCCGUAACAAACGCUUUUCUAUCUUCUGCGUAAAAUUUGCCAAAUUCAAAAUGCCUUCUUACAAGCUGAUUUAUUUUCCUGCCACAGCAUUGGGCGAGCCAAUUCGUUAUUUGCUCAGUUAUGCUAACAUCGACUUUGUGGAUGAACGUGUAGAUUUCGAGGCAGAUUGGCCAAAACUUAAGCCUACUGUGCCAUUCGGUAAAUUACCCGUGCUCGAAGUAGACGGAAAGAGAAUGCAUCAGUCAGUAGCUAUCUGUCGAUACUUGGCAAAACAAUGUGGUCUUGCCGGCAAAGACGAUUCAGAGGCUUUAGAGAUCGAUGCGGCCGUUGAUACGGUACACGAUUUGCGCAUGGGCAUCGCUAUGUACUCUUAUGAGAAAAAUGAAAAGGCCAAGGAAGAAAAACAUAAACUGGCCAAGGAAAGGGUACCAUAUUAUUUGGAGCGUUUGGAUGCUCAGGUGAAGAAGAAUGGCGGUUACCUCGUUGGUGGCGCCCUAUCGUUGGCCGAUUUCACUUUCGUCGGUCUAUUGGAUUACAUGAAUUACAUGAUGAAUGAAAACAUCAUCGAGAAAUAUGAGAAUCUGAAACAACUCCAAAAGAAAGUCGAGGAAUUACCGGCCAUCAAGCGCUGGAUCGAGAAGCGUCCGCCAGUUAUGUGGUCGAAGUAAUUCGAACAAUUUCAUAAAAUAAUACGGUUGAUUUUUCGAGAGUAUUAAUUGUUCAUUUAGGUUUGAUUUAAAUAAUAUAUUGAUCUUUUUUUUUCUUUAAAUGUGUGCAUAUCUAUUUUAUAUAUAUAUAUAUAUGUAUGUAUAAUAGAUUCAGGAAAUACGUACUCAACAUACGAAUAUAUAUUUUCUCACCUGUU